AUGAAAAACGUACCAAUUGAAGCUGAAGAGAUAGUUCAGAAGGCUAUGUUAAGAGUGAGAAGUCGAAUUAAUAUUGAUGAAAUGACUGAAAUGGUAUCUGACGUAAUUUUGCAGUUAAAAUUGCAUUCAAAGAACGCGAUGAAAUUUUGGAAGAAGAAUUUUUCAGUCAAAGGAAAAGAGGUGGAAACAAGUGUGCCUUCCCCAGUAUUUGUUGAUGUCCUCAAAAAAACUUAUAACAUCCAAAAUGUCAAUUUUGCAACUAUCAUCGAAAAUAUUGGAGAAAACGGAGAAGUGUCUCUUGAUCGACUUAUUUACUUAAUGAAGAUAUUUGGAGAGUUCUUUUAUAAGAAAGACUACUUGAUGUCCUUUUAUAAAAUAAUGCAAGCCGAUUGGAAAAACUGCCCACUCGAGAAUUGCGUGUGUAGAUGGAGGAAAGGGGGAUGUUGA